CUGCCAUCGUUAACGGAAGGAUGAAUUGUUUCUUAGGUGAAGUUUGUCUGCUACAAAGAACGUAAACACGGAAUGAUUUCAACCAAAAGAAGCUCUAGGGCUUAAGAUCAUUAUGGUAUUGAAAUGCGCCUUUAAAACAGGCAGCCUACUGAAAAAUUGUAGUUUCCACCCACAACAUACAGCAAGGAUUCUUAACAAAAUGGCCCAUUCUUCUAUCACUUCUGGAUCUAAACCUGAUCCUAAUCAGCUCAUUAAAUCAAAGUCUCCAUAUCUGUUGCAACAUGCUUACAAUCCAGUGAACUGGUAUCCUUGGAGUGAAGAUGCCUUUAAAAAGGCAAAAGAGGAAAAUAAAUUGAUAUUCCUCUCAGUUGGUUACUCAACAUGCCAUUGGUGCCAUGUCAUGGAGAAAGAAUCAUUUGAAAGUCAAGAUAUUGCGGCAGUGAUGAAUGAAAAUUACAUAAGCAUUAAGGUUGACAGAGAAGAAAGACCAGAUGUUGAUAAAAUGUACAUGAAUUUUGUUCAGGCCAUAUCAGGACGUGGUGGAUGGCCAAUGAGUGUGUGGAUGACACCUGAUUUAAAACCAGUGUAUGGCGGCACAUAUUACCCACCCGAUGAUCGUUACUAUGGACAGCCCGGUUUCACAACAAUUCUUAAAUCCUUGGCUCAACAGUGGAAAGAUAGCCCGCAGAAGUUCCAGAACUCCGGGGAGAGCAUUAUGGCCAUGUUGACAAAAGCGGCCGUUUUGGGUAAAGGAAAUCAAGUUCCUAACGCUGCUGAAUGUGGAAACCUGUGUUUUAAGCAGUUACGUCGCAGUUACGAACCCAAAUUUGGUGGUUUUAGCGAAGCUCCGAAAUUUCCACAACCGGUUAACAUGAAUUUUUUGCUGCGUUGGAAAAUUCUCAACGAUGGAUCUGACGCUGGUUUUGCCUUGGACAUGUGCACGCAUACAUUACGCAUGAUGGCAAAAGGAGGAAUCUUUGAUCACGUCUCACUGGGUUUCGCACGUUACUCGACUGACGAGAAAUGGCAUGUGCCACACUUUGAAAAGAUGUUAUACGAUCAAGCUCAGUUGACUUCUGUUUAUACGGACGCUUACCUUCUGACAAACGACGGAGAUUUUGCCAGAGUCGUCAGUGAUAUCCUUUCUUACGUCAGCAACGACCUGAGCGAUCCAUCUGGCGGAUUUUAUAGCGCAGAAGAUGCUGAUUCCUAUCCGGAAGUCAGAUCAAAGGAAAAACGCGAAGGAGCCUUCUGCGUGUGGACUCACAAAGAAAUUCAGUCUCUUUUGGCCGCUCAAUGUGUUCCUCCUGAAGUCAGGGCUGGUGUCACAGUGGCCGACAUUGUUUGCCAUCACUUUGACAUCCGACCCAACGGCAACGUGGAUCCCUAUCAGGAUCCGCAUGAUGAACUCAAGGGCCAGAACGUCCUGAUUAUCCGGGGUAGCGUCGAGGAAACGGCGGCCAAGUUCGGACUAUCGUUGGACGUUUUGAGGGAAUUGCUGAAGACGGCCUUAUCAGCCAUGCGGGAGGCCCGCCAAGGCAGGCCGCGUCCUCAUCUCGACGAUAAAAUGUUGGCCGCUUGGAACGGUUUGAUGAUAUCGGCCUUCGCCAAAGCCGGCACUGUCCUGAUGGAAAACACUUACGUCGAGAGGGCCGCCAAAGCAGCCGAAUUCGUGCGCCAGCAUCUGUUUGACCAGCAAAGUGGACGCCUCUUUCGAAGCUGCUACCGCAACGGACAAGACGCAGUCUCUCAAAUUGACGAGCCGAUCGCGGGAUUCCUCGACGAUUACGCAUUCAUUAUUCGCGGAUUGCUGGAUUUGUAUACGGCCUGCCAAGAUGAAAGAUGGAUCCAGUGGGCGGACGAAUUGCAACAAAAGCAGGAUGAGCUUUUUUGGGACGUGUCACAAGGUGGAUAUUUCACGUCGCCAGCUGGCGACACUAGCAUCCUCAUUCGACUCAAAGAAGAGCAAGACGGAGCCGAGCCAUCGGGCAAUUCGAUAGCCGUGGGCAAUCUGGAACGGCUGGCCAUCGCCGUUGAUCGGAGCGACUAUCACGAUAAAGCAGAGCAAACCUUAUGUCUCUUCCAAGAGCGGCUGGCUAAAAUCCCUCUUUCUCUACCCGAAAUGACGUCCGCCUUACUUCUCUACGAGGAAUCACCGACCGAGGUAGUGAUUGUUGGAUCUCGGUCGUCGGACCUUGGCCGUCAACUCUAUCGAGAAGCCGUAACGCAUCCAAGAUCUUUACUGGGUCAAGUGGUGAUUCGUUUCGAUUCGAGCCGACCACCUCAAGACGGCGCUUCGUUCUUGGCUAGCCGACGGCCGUCAUUAAUGGCCAUGAAAGCGGCCAAAAUGGGAAGCGACGCUGCUGCUUACCUCUGUCGAAAUCGAUCCUGUUCGGCGCCCGUCUAUUCCCCGGAGGAUUUACGACAGUUGCUUAACUCGCAAUGACAUUCAUCCUCUUCGUCUUCCCGUUUUCUCUGGAACGCGCGCUACGAUAAUGGAAUUGAAUUAUCUUUCCCUAUCCCCGCAAUUUGCAUGAUUUAGAGCUAGUCGAAAUAUAA